AUGGUGCCUACCCUGGCAGUCCCCACUCCAUACGGCUGUAUUGGUUGUAAGCUGCUAUAGUCAGACUACCCACCAGCUCUAAUCACCUUUAUGUUCUGUGCAAUGGUUAUUACCAUCGUCAUAGACCUCACAGGCAACUCUAUGGUCAUUUGGGCUGUGAUGAAGAACAAGAAGCUCCGAAAUUCUGGCAACAUCUUUGUGGUUAGCCUCUCCAUGGCUGAUAUGCUGGUGGCCAUCUGACCCUACCUUCUGAUGCUGCAUGCUUUGGCCAUUGGAAGCUGGGAUCUGAGCCAGUUCCAGUGCCAGAUGGUCAGGUUUAUCACAGGGCUGAGUAUGGUUGGUUCUAUCUUCAAUAUUGUGGCAAUUACCAUCAAUCAUUACUGCUACAUCUGUCACAGCCUCCAGUAUAAGGGGAUCUUCAGCAUGCCCAAUACCUGCAUUUAUCUGGUUACCUGGAUCAUGACCAUCCUGGCUGUCCUGCCCAACAUGUAUAUUGGCACCAUCAAGCAUGAUCCUCGGACCUACACCUGCAUCUUCAACUAUCUGAACAACCCUGUCUUUGCUGUGACCAUCGUCUGUAUCCAUUUUGUCCUCCCUCUGCUCAUAGUGGGAUUUUGCUAUGUGAGGAUCUGGAUAAAAGUGCUGGUGGCCCACAACUCUGCUUGGCAAAAUCCUGACUACCAACUUUGUGCUGAGAUUCACAAUUUUCUAGCCAUGUUCAUGAUCUUCCUUCUCUUUGCAGUGUGCUGCUGCCCUAUCAACCUGCGUACUGUCUUGGUGUCUGUCAAUCCACAAGAGAUGGUAGGUAAGAUCCCUAACUGGCUUUAUCUUGCAGCCCACUUCAUAGUGUACUUCAAUAGCUCCCUCAACGCUGUGAUCUAUGGGCUCCUCAAUGAUAAUUUCCGAAGAGAAUUGACCAUCUUUCAUGUUAUUCAGCACUCUAUUCUAUUCCUCUCUGGCAUUAUCACUGAUGUGUGUGAGAUGUGGGAGGCCUGGGCCCAUACUCAUGCCUGUGCCGGUGACCAAGCUCCAGAACAAGCCCACGAACAAGACUGUGCCCAUGCCUGUCCUGCUCUGGAGGAAAUGCCAAUAAACAUCUGGAAUAUUACAUUACCUGAUAAUGCCACAGCUGGCCAACCUGAGCAUGCUUCUGGUCACCCCGAGCCUGCCACUGUCUAAGUCUGCCUCUGUCCAUACUGUGUCCCUUUCAAGCCUGCCUCCAGCCACCCCAAGACUGUCACUGGCCACCACAUUCCUGCUGGCAGUCCCUCCAAGAGUGCCUUCAGCCCUGUCACCAGCAGCCCUAAACCAACCACUGGCCACAUCAAGCCUGAUAACAGCCACCCUGAGCCCACCACUGCAGACUAUCCUGAGCCUGCCAUCACUGGUUACCCUGAGCCCUCUACUGCUGGCCAUUCUGAGCUCACUGCAUCCUACCACCCUGAGACCACUGCUACCAGAAACCUUGAGUGUGAUGCCACUGUCCCUGAGCCUUCCUACAGACCUGCCACUGGGCCCCCGGAGCCUGCUGCUAAUCUGCUGAAGCCUGCUGCUGCCACUGACCCUCUUAACUCCACUGUGGUCACCAAUGACAGCAAUAUUUACCAUGAGGUUGUGGUUAUUGAUGCUGAAGUUGAUACUGAUGAAAUGGCCAUGUGA